CGGCGUGCGCGCAGGGAGGGGGACGACCCCGAGACCCGGGUGCAGACGGCGGCGACUUGAGAUCUGGUGGCGGGGACUCCCGUGCUCGGACGCCUCUCCGGGCCAGGGCUCCCAAAGCGCCCCUCUUUUCCACCCCCAACCCUGCCCUCCCUCCCCAGACCGCAGGAUAAAGCCCGCGGUGCUUCCCGCUGCACAUCCCUCUCCGGCCGGGCCGCCGGGAAGAUGCUGGCCCUUUAAAGCCUGCUCCCCACCCGCGCAUCUUCCGACAGCUGGCAGCCGCGGGGAGCCGCGGGGAACCCCGGGGGCCGCCAGGUACGGGGGCGAGUGACAAGCAGCUGUGGCUCCCCCACCCCAGGGACCCGGGGGCCGGACUCUCAGGCGCCCGCGGCCGGGUUAAUCAUUAACUCUCGGCCUCCGGGGUCCCAGGCAACGCGCGAGGGCGCCCGUCCCGCCUCUGCCCCGCCACCUGCCCGCCCGGGUCCCGCUCGGCCCGCGCCCCCUGCAGGCCGCGCCCCGCGCCGGGCACCAUGCCCGGCCUCUACUGCCCCUCCAGCUGGACGCCGCUGCCCCUCACGGACUCCUGGGUCCGGGCCUGUGCCAACGGCCCCUGCCUCAGCCUGCGGGCGCGGCUCACCUACCGCAACCCGCAGCCGCAGCCGGUGGACGGCGUCUUCGUGUACCCGCUCGCCGAGGCCGAAGUGGUGUCGGGCUUCGAGGCCGAGGCGGCCGGACGGCGCGUGUCCUUCCAGCUGCAGAGCCGGCGCCGCUCGCAGGCCGCCUGCUGCCGCGCGCUGGGCCCCGGGUCGGGGGCGUCCACGCCCCGUCGCUGCGCGCAGGGUCACCUUGUCUUGGAUCUGGCCCAGGCCCGGUCCACGCUGGUGCUGCCCACGGGCCUUAUCGCCCCCGCCGGCACCAUGACAGUGACCCUGAGCAGCAGCCGGGAGCUCCCCUCCAGGCCCGAUGGGGUGCUGCACGUGGCUCUGCCCUGCGUGCUCACCCCACUGGUCCCACCAGACCCACCAGGGCCCCCCAGGCCUCCGGGGCUCUGUGACGACAGGUUGGGCCUAUGCCCCACCAGCUGCUUUGGUGUGGGCAGCCCUCAGGAGGAAGGGCUGCCCCGGGAGGAGCCAGCGGCCCCCACAGACGUGUUCUCAGGCCCUGCCCGAUGCCCUGCCCCCUACACCUUCUCCUUCGAGAUGCUGGUGACUGGACCGUGCCUGCUGGCAGGCCUGGAGAGCCCCUCACAUGCCCUGCGGGCAGACGCCCCCCCCCACGCCAGCUCUGCUGCCACCAUCUGUGUCACACUGGCCGAGGGCCACCGAUGUGACCGGUCCUUGGAGAUCCUGCUGCACCCCAGCGAGCCCCACCAGCCACACUUGAUGCUGGAGGCCGGCAGCCAGAGCGCUGAAGAAUACGAAGCCCAGGUGAGGGCCCGCCGGGAUUUCCAGAGGCUGCAGCGACAGCGACAGGACAGCGCCGGGGACCGGCAGGUGUGGUUCCUGCAGCGCCGCUUCCACAAGGACAUCCUGCUGAACCCUGUGCUGGUGCUGAGCUUCUGCCCAGACCUCAGCUCCAGCCCUGGGCGCCUGGACACAGUGACUCGGGAGCUUCUCUUCCUCCUGGAUGGCAGCAGCGCAGCUCACAAGGAUGCCAUUGUGCUGGCUGUGAAGUCCCUCCCAUCUCAGACCCUUGUCAACCUGACCACGUUUGGGACCUCCGUGCAACCUCUCUUCCCCGAGAGCCGGGCCUGCAGCAAUGACACCGUGCAGCUCAUCUGUGAGAACAUUGAGGCCCUGCAGGUGGCAUGGGGUCCCCCAGAUGUCCUGGCUGCACUCGACUGGGCCUUGGGGCAGCCUCAGCACAGGGCUCACCCUCGGCAGCUGUUCCUGCUCACUGCUGCCUCGCCUGGGGCUGCCACCACCCACCAAGCCCUGGAGCUCAUGAGGUGGCACCGGGGGGCAGCCAGGUGCUUCUCCUUCGGGCUGGGAUCCGGCUGCCGUCAGCUGCUCCAGGGGCUGGCGGUGCUCAGCAGGGGCAGGGCCCACUUUCUGCGGCCCGGGGAGAGGCUGCAGCCCAUGCUGGUGCAGGCUCUGCGGAAGGCGCUGGAGCCCGCUCUCAGUGACAUCUCUGUGGACUGGUUCGUGCCUGAUGCCGUGGAGGCCCUGCUGACCCCGAGGGAGAUCCCGGCCCUCUACCCUGGGGACCAGCUGCUCGGCUACUGCUCACUCUUCAGGACGGAUGGCUUCCGGACCCGGCCUCUGGGGGGGCAAGAGCCUGGCUGGCAGAGCUUUGGUGGCUCUGUGUUCCCAUCCCCAGAGGAGGUGCCAUCUGUCAUCAGCCCUGGCACUGAGCUGACUGGCACCUCAGAGCCACUAGGAACGGGCACUGCGUCCGCAGAGCUGUCCAGCCCAUGGGGUGCCAGGGACUCAGAGCAGAGUACGGAUGCUCUGACGGACCCGGUCACAGACCCGGGACCCAAUCCCUCCUCCAACACGGCCAUAUGGCGCCGCAUCUUCCAGUCCUCAUAUAUCCAGGAGCAGUACGUCCUCACCCACUGCUCUGCCAGCCCCGAGCCAGGGCCAGGCUCCACUGGGAGCAGUGAGUCCCCAGGCUCCCAGGGCCCUGGCUCCCCGGAGGGCACCUUCCCCCUGGAUCCCCCUUCUCAGCAGGGCUGCCGCAGCCUGGCCUGGGGGGAACCUGUGGGCUCCCAGUCCUGCCCGCUGCCUGCACCCCCACAGUCUUCAUUGAAGGCAGGAGCCCUGAGUGCUGAGGUGCUGGGCCGGCAGCACAGAGCUGCUCUGGUUGGCCGAAGUCUCUCAUCCCCGCCAGGCUGGGCAAACCCAGUGCCCGGCCAACCUCGGCACCCCUCUCUGGGCGCAGUGCUGGAUGGGGCUGUCCUAAAGCCAGGCCAACAGCUGGGUCAGGGCCUGGAUGACUCAGGAAACCUGCUUUCCCCAGGCACCAUGGACUGGGACAUGUGGAUGGAGCCACCCUUCUCGUUCACAGCGGUGCCCCCCAGGGAGGAGCCGGCCCCUCCAGCUGAGCCACUGCCGCCCCAGGCCCCCCACUGCCAUGUGGUGAUCCGGGGCCUGUGUGGGGAGCAGCCCAUGUGCUGGGAGGUGGGUGUUGGGCUGGAGACACUGUGGGGGCUCAGGGAUGGCUCAAGGCCUCCAUCGCCCCCUGGGAGAGAGGCUGCUUGGGACCAAGCAUUCCACCGCCUGACGGCAGCCUCUGUGGUUCGGGACAACGAACAGCUGGCUCUCCGAGGAGGGGCAGAGAGUGCGGCUGAGCGGGGCCAUGCGAGGAGGUCCCUGCUCCGAGCCCUUCAGACGAGCAAGGUCAGCUUGGCCCCAUCCUGCUUCACCUGCCCAGUAGCUGUGGACGCUGCCACCAGGGAGGUGCUGCCGGAGGCUCUGCAGGUUCGGAGCUCAGAACCAGCAGAGCCCCCGGCUGCGUCUUCUGCCUCUGAGGGCCGACUAGACGCAGCUGCUCUGCCCACGGCAGAGCCCUCUGAAGGUAUCACCCAGGCGGGAAAGGGUAAGGCCCCACCGGGCUGGCCCCGCCACAGGACUUCAGAGAGGCUCUCUGCAGGUGCCCAGCACCUGGACCACAAUGACAACUGCAGGGCAGCUCUGGGGGACCCCACGGCCCCCGCAGGAGGUCCUCACCGCCCGCUCCCCCAGCCUCCUUCCUGGCUCAGCCUGGGCCGCCGCCGCAGACUCUGCAGCCCGGACGCAGGGCCGGCCAGUGAGGGCAACAGCGAGGGCAGUGACCACGACUACCUGGCCCUGGUGAGGACUCGGGAGGCGGAGGGAGGGUGGCGACGCCAGCCAGGGCACCGUCCCGGCCUUCUCCCCCCACCUCCUCUCUCCUCAGGUGCGGCUGCAGGAGGCGCUGGGCUGCUUCCGCCUGGACGCGCCCUUCUGCGCCGCGGUGCGCAUCCCGAAGGAGCGCCUGUACCGCGCCUCGCCCUUCGCCGCGCACCGCGCCAGCCUCAGCCCCGCUUCGGGCUCAUCUCCCUGGGCGCUCCUGGGCCCCGGGGUGGGCCAGGGCGACGGCGCCACGGCCUCCUGCAGCCCGACCCCCAGCUCGGGCUCCGAGGGUCAGGGGCAGGCGGACAGCGGCCGGGGCUCCGACACCGAGGCCUCGGACGGGGCGGACGGUGCCGACCUGCGAGGCCGCAGCUGGGCCACGGCCGUGGCGCUCGCGUGGCUGGAGCACCGCUGCGCCGCCGCCUUCUGCGAGUGGGAACUGACGGCGGCCAAGGCCGACUGCUGGCUGCAGGCUCAGCACCUGCCCGAUGGCCUCGACCUGGCUGCCCUCAAGGCCGCUGCCCGCGGGCUCUUCCUGCUGCUGCGCCACUGGGACCAGAACCUCCAGCUCCACCUGCUGUGCUACAGCCCUGCGAACAUGUGAGGGCCGCCCCUCGGUGCUGGGCAAGGCUGCUGGUGGCAGCCGGUCCUCCACCACCUCAUUCCUCCCUGCAACCCCCUGGCCCCCACGAAAAGUGCCUCCCUGUGCUCUCUCCCUCUUCUCUCCCCCAUGCUCCGAGCUCCUGCUGCAGUGGAAGGGGAGAGAGCCACGGUCCCCAAAUCCUAUGCAAUAAAGUGCCUCUUAUGACCAAUCCCCCAAGUGAGGCUUUAUCCUAAUUUAGCUUUCACAGCACUGGAGGGGAA